AUGAGCAGUUCAAGAGGAAGCUGGAACUCUCGCCGGAACUCCGAGAAUAAUGGUGCUCCAAUGGAGAUGACCUGCAAUUGUAGAGAAAAUGGCUUUGGUUAUUGCGGAUUUUUUAUAUGCAACGAUCCGGAAAUUUGCGAAAGAGCAAAGAAUAUUACACCCGGUUUGCUGGAAAAGUCAAAUAAACAUCAAUAUCAAAUUGAGCAAUACAAGUUGAAGAAUGAUGAAAUGGAAGCUCAGCUCUUGGUGGCAAUGAACAAGGUGAAUGACAUGAACAAUGCAUUGGUUGUGUGUAAGAAUAAGAUCAAAAAAUUAUUGGCUGCUAUAAUUCUUCUCUCAUUGUUGUACCUUCUCCGUAAGCGAUAUCACGUCUUCAAGUGGAUGAAAACAUUAAGUGGUGUGGUGUACAAUCCCAAUGGACAUAUGGUGGAAGCUACUGAACCAACUUGGAACUUCAUUGUGCGUGAAGAAAAGCUAGGCAUGGCUUAUAUGAAGGGAGGUGAACCACUCUUCCCUGAUCUAAAGUCAUAUUCAACGAAGGUCCGGGAGACGAGAGUGAAAAUGAUGACCAUGAAAUAA